GGGUGGGAGGGAGGGGAGGGGCAGCCGCGGGGGCUGAGUCACCGUCCCAUCAAUGGUGAUGAUGAUGAUGAUGAUGGUGGUGAUGACGGUGUCGUUGUCGCCGGUCUGCUGAGGAGUCUCUGAAGUUUGAGCCGCAGCGGAUUCUGCGCUUGGCGGCGGUCGAGGCCGCGCUGCCGUCGGACCCAGGGUGUCCCGCGCUGGCUGGCUGUCCCGCGCUGGCCGGCCUAUGAUGCUGGGUACACAGGGACUCGCAAGGACAGAGGAACACAGGCCUUGUUUUGAGAAGAAAGUUCCGGGCUCUUUUACUCAGGAGGAGAGAACGAAAGUGACUCCAAGGACCUUUGGAAGGAAGUAGUGAUCUGCUGCUCGAAAAGGGUGUGGGUGGCGGUACAAUCCUCUUUUUUUUAGCCGCUGAAUACCGCUCCCCGUUUCCGAAGCUCAAAAUGGAGCUGGUUCCAAAGACGAAGUACACCCACUUCCGCAGCGAGUCUCUCAGCUCAACGGACGAUACCAACUCCAACCCCUCCCUGCCCAACUCCGCCCCGCUCACCCCCCUCACCCCUCCCGGCAUGUCCUCCUCGCUGUCCUCUACCUCCCUGACCGCCAUCCUGCCCCCCUCGUCGCCCCGCCCGGCCGAGAACAGCCCCACCACCUUCUGCUCCUUCUUCCCCCGCAUGGGCGCCCUCCGGCUGGGCGUGUCGGCCACUCUGCUCCCAGGCCUGAAGGCCGGGAGCAGGCCGCAGCUGCCCCCGGAGCCCGAGGAGCCCCCCGAGGGACCGCCUCCGCCGCCGGAACCCGCGCCGCCGCUAACCGCCGCCUCUCCCUCUCCCCGCCCCCUCCCGCAGGACAUGAACCGGCUGGGCGGGGCCCCGCGGCGGGCCCGGGUGGAGGGCGGCCAGCUGGGCGGGGACGAGUGGACGCGGAACGGGUCCUUCGUCAACAAGCCCACCCGCGGCUGGCUCCACGCCGACACCGUGCUGAGCGGAGCGGGAGUGUCCUACUCCGUACGGUAUAUGGGAUGCGUGGAGGUGCUCCAGUCUAUGAGAGCUCUGGAUUUUAACACAAGAACUCAGGUCACAAGGGAGGCCAUUACUGUGGUUUGUGAGGCCGUUCCUGGUGCCAGAGGCACCCAGCACAGGCGAAAGGGUCCCUCCCGGUGCCUGUCCAUCUUGGGGAAGAGCAACCUGCAGUUUGCUGGCAUGGCCAUCACUCUCACCGUGUCCACCAGCAGCCUCAACCUGCUGGCCUCCAGCUGCAAACAGAUUAUCGCCAACCAUCACAUGCAGUCUAUCUCAUUCGCCUCAGGAGGAGACCCCGACACGGAGGAAUACGUAGCUUACGUUGCCAAAGACCCUGUCAACCAAAGAGCCUGCCACGUGCUGGAGUGCCCUGAGGGCACUGCCCAGGAGGUCAUCGGCACCAUCGGGCAGGCCUUCGAGCUGCGCUUCAAGCAGUACCUCAAGAACCCCCCCAAACUGGUGGCCCCCCACGACAGGAUGGCUCCCUUUGACGGGUCGGCGUGGGAGGAAGAGGAGGAGGAGGACGAGGUCGUCCCCGCCCCCGAGGUGGCGUACUACAACGACUUCCCCGGCAAGCUGCCCCCCCUGGGCGGGCUGGUGGACAUGAGGUGUCACGCCACGGGGCCGACCCUGCCGUACGGACAGCCAGGACAGACGGACGGGUACAAGCAGCCAUUCCCACCUGUGACAGCGGGCAGCCUCGAUGACCCUUCCUACGUCAACGUUGAAAAGCCCCGCCCCCCUCCUCUCGCAGUCAAUGAGUCCUUUGACGAUGGCACCACAGUGCCCCCUCUGGCCAGACAGCUGCAGCGCGAGCCCUGGUUCCACGGCAGCCUGAGCCGGCGGCAGGCAGAGAGGCUGCUGGGAAGGGACGGGGACUUCCUGGUGCGCGAGUCCGGCACCACCCCGGGACAGUACGUCCUCACGGGGCAGCAGGGGGGUCAGCCCAAACACCUACUGCUGGUGGACCCAGAGGGAGUGGUCCGGACCAAGCACCACCGCUUUGAGAGCGUGAGUCACCUGAUCACCUACCACAUGGACAAUCGGCUGCCCAUCGUUUCGGCGGGGAGCGAGGUGUGCCUGCAGCGCCCCGUGGAGCGCGUGCCCUGAUGCGGAGAUCCCCAAACCACCCCCCUCCCCUCGCCCCGACCCGCCAACCCGUCCCCACGCGCCGUCCUGCCCGCCAAACCCGCAGGUAUCCCAGAGUGCCUUGUGCUAUCAGUGCCCUGUCCGUAGUCGCCAGUACCGGCAGCCACCGCGGUCAACGCUUAAGACUUGGGGCAGAAGGACCAUGGGAAUUGUGGGAAAUUUCGAAUGAGUGAUGGACGCCGGGACCGAUGGGAAGGCCACAGGAGUGGCCGGCCCGAGUUUCCCGACGCGUGCGAGACUCGCGGACGCUGACGGAGACGGACUGGGCGGCCCUUCCCUCCCGCCUGUAACCGUUUCCCUGGGAGCAGGUGAAUGAAAGGGGGCUAAAACCGUCUCCUGGGCCCAUCUUGUUGAGGCUCCGGCUGGACAGCUUUCGGCCAACCUGGAGCACCAUCCGACCCUUUGAGGAUGUCUCUUGGACCAAGGUCUUUUCGACCUUGCCUUGUGGACAGAAACACUACCGCCACAAAACUGACAGUUAUCCUGACCUGGUUCAGCUCGCGGGGUUGUGGUCGUCUCUCAGCCCUCUUCAUCUGUUUCAGUACUAAUGUAGCAAUCUUCAGUCUUCGUACGGCUUGUGUGAGUGGGAUGUGAUUUUGCCUCUUUUAGGUGACAAAGCUUUUCCACAGAAACAAUCACGUAGCACCUAUAGGUUGAGAAGGGAAAAAAGACAUUUGUGGAAAAUGAGGGGUCAGGACAGGAAGGGAAUGAGGGGGAUGAAUGAGGUUAAAGCUCACAAGUAUUGCCCUGCUGCCUUGUGGGAACUGUAGGCUGCCUCGCUGAUUUUGAUGAUAUCUGCCCAAACCCCUGUUGCCAUUUCAGAACUACAUCUCCAGUAAUUCCCUGCUGUCGUUCUUGCUUUUGAUUUCUUGGUGCAGUGCAGGAAGUGUAGUCCAAUCCAGUUGACCCCUGAGUUGCAAUGACAAUCCUAUCAGUACUUGCCUCCUGUCAAUUGAAUACAUUUAACCUUAAGUUUCAUACUCUAGCAUACCUUCACAAUCCAUGCAUGCAACAAGCUUAAACACUUUUAAAAUAACUUCUAUUUCUGGCAGUUGCAGUUUCAGUUAAGGUUUCAGUGUAUUUGUGGAAUACUAUUCACUUUGAAAAUGGUUUCCUUGUAUAUGUUGCCAAAGCACUUUCUGUAAUUUCCUUCUUUUUGCAAAUAAUCCUCGUCAAACACUGAGCGCUUGACUCUGAUUGGCUCUCAGGUUUGAAUGGUCAUUCGGUCAGAGGCGCCUUUUUUUUUUUUUUUUUUUUUUUUUGGUACAGUAUUUUUAUUUUUUUUUGUUCUCUUCGGAUUUAAACUCACUCCAAGAUCUACCUCAAUGCCUUCACGUGCUUUUACACACUCCCUGUGUUUAGAAAAACCAUUUAAAAAUCAUUUUAAAUGGAAUUUCUGCGGUUUCCAACACUGGUUAGUGAGGAGGUGGGUUUUGUUGUAGGUGCUGCAAAAGUAAUUAAAUGCAGAAAUGAGAAAAGAGAGAGACUGGAAACGCUUCCGGAAGAAACGGUUUGGAUUAUUUCAGGUUUAAAGCACUCCCUUCAUUUUAAUAUGGAGAGCCAUUAAUAUAGUGCCUAAAAGUUGCUCAAGCAUUGAAUAACUGACAGUGUAGUCUUUCCAUGUAGUCACUGCUGUGUUGCUUUAAUUAUUGUUGUUUCUAUUAUUGUUGAUAAAAUAACAGCGUAAGACUGGCCCUGCUCAGUGUUUAGAAAUGCCUUAAGAUAUCAAGGUUGAUUUUUAGCACAUUUGAAAGGUGAUUGACGAGAGGGAAGCUUUUCAAAUUCAAUAAACACAACUAAAAGGGACAAGGAUUUUGCCUCCAUACCUGCAUUCAGACGGAUGUGGGAACCCACGGGCUUUAUUGCGUUAAGUGGCCUGGGGGCUAUGCAGGGCAGCUUUCUCCUUUCUAGUCUUCAGUUUUUCAGCAUUGAAACCUUUGCAGGUAUAUCUGUAUGUGUAGUGAAAGCACUAAAAUCCAAAUUUUGUUUUUAGACAAUUUUUUUUGUUUUGCCCUUUUAUGGCAAUUUUUUGGACGACCGUUGGGAUGGGAACUUGCCCCGCCCCCGCAGCCUCCAGCACACAGCCAGCCGCGGUUUUUUUUCCUCUCCGCCAGCCGCCAGUUGAUCUGCAGGGGGGCGGAGUCGCGUGGCUAGUGCAGGCAGGCUGCUGGCGUCUGAUUGGUCAGAGGAGUUGCAGUUGCACGGUGAGGUGAGGAACUACCCGAUGCCCUCCUUCGCCUCGACGACCUUGUGGCCAAUCAGGUCUCGCCUAGCGGUGGUUGGCGCUGGCUUGGCUGGGAGGCUUGUACAGGCCAUGGGGUGCGUCAAAGACCCGUGCUUUUGCUGGUGAACCCUCCCAAGGGUUUUAUUUUAAUGGGAAGUAAUAAAUGAUCCUCGUCAUUCAGCAUUCUGGCCCCUUUCAUUACGUUAUGGCUAGUUUGUGCAUUUAAUCGUGUGUCCGUCAGACUUCUUAUAUCAACAAAAUCAGGGGGGAGUGGAUAAAAUUUGCUUCAGGUGGGUGUUUUUAGUUGCGGCGAAGUCCCUCACUUAAUUUACUCAAUAAGGGGCACCCACACAGUGAUGGUAGUACCUUAGUUUUACCACUAGGUGGAAAAGGGAACUAAUUGGAGGAUCUGUCAAAGUAUCCAUAGUAUUGUUUUUUUUUUUUUUUUUUAAUGAUUGUGUAAAAAUAAUCAUUUGAAGAAUAAUUGUCUUUGUUUAAAAAUUGUGAUCUGCGGUUUGGUUUGAAAUAUGUUCCGGUGAGGCUUGGGAACCUCCGUGGAAUCAGAGGUUGGAGAGAGGCAAGAAGAGAAAAGAUGCACCUCAGUGUGUGCUACCUCAUCUUUUCUCUCCGUUCUUCCUCCUUCCCUCUCUCCCUCUCCCUAUUCUCGUGUUUUUUCCUUUUUAAUCUAACCGUGCCUUAUUCCACCGCUGCAGCAGCCAUAUUGAUCAAAUUCAGCCAUUCUUGUGCACUUAAAAGUUGCCCAGAAACCUGAUGUCAGUCAAGUGUGACCUCCUGGAAUUCUCUCAGGUGACAUCGACUUGCUCUCCCUUCAGAUUCGCUCCAGGUUUUUUCCUAAUAUAUUUGUAGCCCAAAGUGGGCCGGUCCCCUGUUCUGUUGAGGCCGCCGCUGGUGAUCUGUGACAUUUUAAUGCUUGUGAAAUACCCAUCGGUUCUACCUUUUGUGAUUUGAAUAGCUUUAUCUCCCUGGAUUAGUGGAACAUUACAUGCAUGAAUGGACAAAGCGUGGCUUCAGUUGUCCUGAAAUGAAAGAGCUUUCUCUGCGUUACGGUGUUGGCAAAGGACAGCCGGUUACCUUCAAAGCCAGAAUGUUCACACUGUGCACAGUACACAUGCUAUAUAAUGUCUGCUGUACUUACCUGUACAUUAUUCGCUGCGUAAAUGGUGGUAUGUAAAGCGUGCUUUGUGGUAACUUGGAUCGGUUGAAAGCUUUUGAUCUUUGACAUAAGCCAAAAACGGUGAGUCUUUGAGUUUUAGGGGUCAGGCAGUUCUGUCUACCAGUUCUAGAGUUUUUGUUUUUUCCAUUUUAUUUUCAUGCUCGUCUGUACCAUCACUGGCAUUUUCUUUUUCUUUAAAAAAAAAAAAAAAAAAACGUGGUUCAGUAUCUUUAACUGUUCAGCUAUAUGUCACAUGCUUUGUUUUCGAUGUUUCUUCUGUCUGUUCUAAUACAGACUCUUGCUUAUUGCACAAAGGAACUUGUUUGACUUUUGGUCGCUUUUUUUUGUUUGUGUUCUUUUGGAACUUUUGCUCAGACAUCAGGUGGCCCGCCCACAGAGUCUAGCAGCUCAUAGUGCUGACGGCGCCUGUUCUUCUGCGUCUGAAUACGUUGUCUUUUUCCAUUAUGGCUUUUUCCCUGCAUGUGAGCUUGCCUAAUGAGUGCAUAAUACUUGACAAACCAAAAGAUUUGUUGCUUAUUUACCCAGUUUGCAUUGUUUCUUUGUUAAGUUGUAUCUUUAUUAUACUUUUAUUUUUAAGGUUGGUGUCUCUCUUGCUCUCUCUCUCAUACACACACACACACACACACACACACACCAUAUAUUCCUCCUUGGUGGGUUUGGUCUCUAAUAUGGUUUCAAAUAUAUUUUCUUGAUUUUUACAAACUGAAUUUGAUGUCUUGAGGUAUGCUUGCUUGUGUCUGUGGGUAGCGGUAUUCACAACUGCCAGAGCCAUCAACAGGGGGUGAGAAUGUGGGAAAAAAUAUGAAUAUUGAUCAGUCAGUAGGUUGUGAUAGAAAACUUACAGGAAAGUUUUAAUGACUUUUGUCCACCAACAAAGAAAAGACGAGUGUAAAGCUGUCUGUAUUGGGCUUAGUGGGUAGAAUUUGGCACAGAAAUAAAGGACUUGAACCUGG